AUGGUGAAAAAACAAAUAGCCUACUUUUCUCUUGCCCCAGCUUUAAUUCACGGAAUCCACAUCGUCCCCAUCAACCCAUCUACAUCGCUCAUCCGACCCCGCAGCUUCGUAAAAGAAGAAUGGGAGACUUUCUUCACAGAGGGCCGAGCAAAUGUCGAAGGCGGCUGGCGCGGUAUCCUCUACGCCAACCUCGCACUCAUUGAUGCAAAGGCGAGUUACACCUUCUUCAGAGAUGGCAUCGAUGGGUUUUGGGAUGAGCGAUGGAUUGAUGGCGGGGCAAGUCGGACCUUGUAUCUUGUUUGGGCGGCGGCGUUGGGCGAGUUUGCCAAAGCGGGGAGAUGA